CAAAUUGCAAGUUGCGAUACGUUUCCAAAAAGUACGAAAAGUUCUCGGAAAUCACGAAAAUUUUACAAGAAACAAAGGAAAGUUUAUAAAUAAAUGGAAGAUAUCGAUUUCCAAAAUUACGAGAAGUUUCCAAACUUAUACGAUGUGAAAAUUUCGCAAUUUCCGAUGGUACAGGCUAACCCUUAAGGCAACGUAGAACGAGAGCACAAUAACGCUUGCUCCCAUAACUCCCGCAACCGCUUUAGGGGACUGUCGAAUGUUGUGUUUCGGAGGUUCCGGGGCAAACUCCCGAAUUCGAAACAAGAGCACACAAUUCAAUAAAAAUAGUGUUUAAUUUUUAUGUUUAUGAAAAUUCCCACCAAGAUGAGCAAAGCGAAGCGCAGCCGUUUCGUUACUACAAGAAGUCUUGUAGGUAUAAUAAAAAAUAAUGAAUUGUGAAUAAAUUUUUCAUCUUACACCCAUUUGACGGUAGCGAAAUGGCCAAGCCAUAUAUUUUGACUAAGGUGUAGAGUUAGGGUGUCCCGUAUUUAACGAUUUUCAGAAAUCAAUAACGCAUACCCCCUAAAUCGGUUUAUUUAAUCCCAAAUCACUCUGAAAAUAAAUUUCAGGUCAUUCCUGUAACUGCAACCCGUGCCGACUUUCAUGCUAUUUUCCCGUACAAUAUAUGAAAAUGACCAAAAUUUCUUUUUCUUUUUCAUAACUUUUUUCGUAUCAAUCGCGUAAACUACUGCCGUAUAAUCAUUAUUUCACAAAAAACCUCGACCCCGCGAACAGAAAACCAAUAAAAAAAUAUCAAAUUACUGUCUGACCAAAAUAGUAAUUUGUAUGGGAAUUUUAGUUGCAAGAAGGCACAGGUUCCUAUUACUGUAAUGCCCUGAAAUUUAUAUUCAGAGUGUUUUGGGAUAAAAUAAACUGAAUUAGGGGGUAUGCGUUAUUAAUUUCUGAAAAUCGUUAAAUAAGGGACACCCUAAGUGUAGAGUUUGUGAAGUUAGGGUUUGUAUAAUUUGAAGCUCUACAAUAAAACUGAUAACUUCUGUGGAAAACGUAAAUUCUGCUGUUUCCCUCAUCAAUGACGAUCUAGUUUACAUAGCUGAAUGUUCCAAUAGCUUUGGCAUCAGUGUCAAUCCGGCAAAAUGUCAGGCUAUUAUUCUGGGUAGCCAUCAUCAACAAGUAAAGCUUGGUGCGGUUUCUGUCGCGCCGAUUUUGUUUGAUGGCACUGUUAUUCCAGUUACUAAACAAGUGAAAGAUCUCGGCCUUGUAUUAGAUUCUAGCCUUACCUGGAAUGACCAAGUCUCUGAAAUAAGUCGGAAAGUUUCAGGAACAUUGCGUUAUCUCUAUAAAUUUAAGAAUUUUCUCCCAGUAGGUACUAAGAAAUUACUUGUGCAGACUCUAAUAUUGCCAGUUAUUGACUAUGCGGACGCGUGCACGACUAAUAUCUCUCAGGAGUACCUCAAUAAGCUAGACCGUCUUAUGAAUAAUGGCAUACGUUUCAUUUUCGGACUUCGCAAAUACGACCAUGUUUCUUUUUAUCGCCGUCAGCUAAAUUGGCUCUCCAUCCGUCGUCGUAGGUCCCUUAGAAUCCUGAGUAUUUUAUUCUCCAUUUUGUUCGAGCCUUCCUCCCCUGGUUAUCUUAAACGUAAAUUCACUUUCAUCACCCCCCGUCCAGGAUGUGAACUCCGUUCCUCCCGUUCUCUCAAACUCUUGAUUCCUUCACACCGUACUGGUUUUAUGUCUAACUCUUUCGCCGUUGAGGCAAUCCGUCUCUGGAAUUCCCUCCCUCUCUUUAUUCGACAAGCCCCAAGCAAACCCGUUUUCAAACGACUACUUCGCAAGCAUCUUCUGUCAGAAGAACUUAAAUAAGGUUCACCAUCAUGUAUAUGUACAUAAUUAUAUGUAUUAGUCUAUCUUUUAUACAUUAUAUAAGUAGUAGUAUUUAACUAUUUAUAUAUUUUUGAUAUUAUUUGACUUCACGUUAAAUUUUUUCCUUAUUAUUUGUUAUUAUUUUUUCCUGCACCAACAUACACAAAUGUCUCUGUUUGACCCAAUGGUUGACUGGUAGAGAAUGCCUUUUGGCAUUAAGUUCGCCAUUUGUACAUUUUUCUUUAUGUGUGCAAUAAAGUUUAAAUAAAUAAAUAAAUAAAAUAACUUUUUGACAGUGCGAGCCUUAUGGUUUCGUCUUGGCAUUUUAUAUGCAAAUGUUUUCGAUAGCAUUGUAUCAUAGCUUUAGCUUAUAGGAAUAUGUUAUAUGGGCCUUGUUGCUUGAAUCAAAUUUUAAAAUAAGAUAACAUAAAUAAAUAAAUGCGUCCCAUACACUCACCAAGAUUUGCCCAAAAACAUGUUAAGGCUUAACGGUUAUUCCCAUAGUAUUUUUUUAUGAGCAUACGUGUCCUGUAAGAUCAUUGGGUUUUUUUUUAUAGUCAACCAGGGGAUAGUAAAAACCUUCUUUUCUAUGGGGGUAAUGGAGGGCAUUAAUUUUACCGUAAAAAUGUAACGCUUUGAGGGAUGGUUUCUUUAUUAUUUGGAAAAUUGCAUGGGGAAUGGUGUUGAGAAAUGUGAUUACCUGCAUGUUACACUUUAAUAAACGCAAGAAAUGUAUCGCAGUGCGUUCUUAGCCUUUAGAAAUACGUACUUUGAUACUUAUUUAUUGCUUACUGAUAAGCAUUAAAACGACAUGAUUCGAACUUAAAGAUACGGGUGUAUUCCCAUCUGUGCCCGCCCCGCGACGUGACCACCGCCUUACAAGAGGCGGGCACAGGUGGGAAUGAUUUGUAAAUAGUGUCUACUCCCAUCUGUUCCCGGCGGGGACUAUAUGGAUCGGAUAUGUUAGUGUUAAAAGUGACGUAUUUAUUUUAGGAAACACUUUUGACACAGACAUAUCCAAUGCAUAUCGUAUCUUUAGCAAGUGUAUGACGUAUCUUAAAAUUCGAAUCGGGCCGGUAGUAUAUCUAUGUCUGGUACAAAUUUUCAGAGCUAAAAAUUACUUUAAUUUCUUUGUAUUACAAUUUCUGUAACGAAACUAUUAGUACCAGAAAUAAAUAUGUUACUUGGACGUUCAUGUUAAAUUUCACGUUAUUAAAGAAAUGUCGUUUUAAAAUGAAUGAGACCGUAACUUUGAUGCAAGUCGGCGGCUAGCUUCCUCUGUGACCCUUAAUUCUAGAAAUCACUGACUGCUUGAAAAGUCAUGCUUCAAAAAUAAUUCUGCAGUCAUAAUACAGUACACCUAGUGUAAAUUUAGUCGAUAGCGAAACGUGACGUACGCGUUUGCGUUAAGUCUCAUUUUGUAUGGGUUUUUGAACAGUGCGCCAAGCGGGACAUUUUGGAAAGUCAAAAAUCUCAUACAAAAUGACACUUAACGCAAACGCGUACGUCACGUUUCGCUGUCGAAAAUAUUUACACUAGGGGUACUGAUGUUCGGCAAAAAAAUUAAGCCGGCGUUUUCCAUUAUUCAAACUAAAUAAACAUUGUUCUGUGGUAAGCAUUUUUAACAUCAUUUCGUUUGAAGUAAUUUUAUGAUUCAUGGAUACAGUAAAAUCACAAAUGAUCCGGCUAUCGCUACACCUCGCUACAAAACCAAGCUUAUAGAAGUAUCACAUAUUUAACUUUGGCAUAGAAACUCUAAAAAUAACGAAAAUAAUGUGUUACAUUCCGACAGUUACAGCAAUUACGAUUUCGCUUGGCAAUUAAAAGAGAUCCGACAAACAAAGUAGACUAAAAUAAAUCAAAUUCGUUCCGUGCAAUUGCGAGCGGUGUAUACAAACAAUAAUAUUCCCGCUUAAUUGCACGUGCGAAUCUUUUCAUUUUGUACCUACAACUAAAAUAGAACAGUGUUUGACCAACGUCUGUCGCAUCGGGACGUGUGUGUUGGGCUUUAGAAAAAUCAAACGCGCGUUGGUGCGAAAAUAUUGCCGCGAACGAGUUGUAACUUUUUCGAAAAGGUUCUUUUUAGAUGAAAAUACUUAAAAUACUUAACUCGUGAUCAAACAUAGGAUUAAAACAUAAAAAAUGAGAACUUUUAAAUAUUUAUUCAGUGUUUUCGUGUGAAGAGAUGCGUGACGAGGUCGAUUUAGUGACAAUUUUAAGUGAGUGACCUAAUAAAAUCCAGUGAUUUGUGUGUGACAGUGUUUCAGUUAUUAUCAUGGCCGACACAGAAAAUCCGGUGGAGAAAAAUGAAGAAGAGGAGGGCACAGAGCUUGAACUCGAGGCGCUAUACCGCCGGUACUGCGUGCGGUUGAAACAUGCGCUCUUCGUGUCCGCGCUCUGCGUGACGCUCUUAUUUACGCUUAUGUUGCUGUGUGCUGUAUGCAUACUACAUGCCGAUGAACUUCCUCAACAAGUCCGUUCAUUGGCAACCCUGUCCGUCAUCCUGUUCAUACUGUCCAUCGUGCUGGCCAUGGCGCUGUUGCCAGCCGCGCCAGAGUGGGAGGCGCUGGCGCUCUCCGGCUCUGUGCUGGUGACGGCGUGCCUGGGCGCAGGCACGCUGAUGGCCACGCACCAUGCGCCGUUGCCGCUCUUCGCCCUAAUAUUGAUGGUACACACAAUGAUGCCCAUAGCCCGCUCCAUAGCCCUGGCCAUGUCUGCGGCCCUCACGAUAGCCUACAUGGGCCUCGCCCUCGGCCUCGGGCCUCAUAACGCGGAGAACAAGUUUCAUUUGCAGCUAUGCUGUGAACUGGCCCUCCUGAUCUCAGCAAGCGGCAUUGGGCUGUACUACCGAGCGUUGACCGAGCGAGCGCAUCGGAACACCUUCGCCGGCACCAGAACUUGUCUGGAACAGCGUGUUAAGCUGGAGUGCGAGCGAGAGCAACAAGAGAGACUGUUGCUCUCUGUCAUACCUGCGUACAUCGCUGCUGAGGUGAAACGCUCAAUAAUGCUCAAGAUGGCAGACGCCUGCGCCGACGCGUCCAAACAAACGCGCUUCCACGAGAUGCACGUCCAGAGACACAACAACGUGAGCAUCCUGUACGCGGACAUCGUCAACUUCACGCCGCUGAGUGAGAGGUUGAGCGCGUCGGACUUAGUGAAGACGCUCAAUGAGCUGUUUGGACGGUUCGAUCAGAUUGCUCAGGAAAACCAGUGCAUGCGCAUCAAGAUCCUCGGGGACUGUUACUACUGCGUGUCAGGUCUACCCGUGUCCCGUCCCAACCACGCAUACAACUGUGUCAACAUGGGUCUACAGAUGAUCGACGCUAUAAGAUUCGUCCGUGAAGCUACCGGCUUUAACGUGGACAUGCGCAUCGGCAUACACACCGGCAACGUGCUGUGCGGCGUGCUGGGCCUGCGCAAGUGGCAGUUCGACGUGUGGAGCGAUGACGUCACGCUUGCCAACCACAUGGAGUCCGGCGGGAUCGCGGGUCGAGUCCACAUAACAAAGGCCACGCAGCUGCAGCUGGGCGGGCGAUUUGAAGUAGAGCCGGGUGAUGGAGCAUCAAGAGAAGGCUACCUGGCCGACCACAAAGUGGAGACCUUCCUGAUUAUACCCCCGAAGAAACCAUCUGGCAUAUCCGAGAACGGUCGUCUUUCCGUCUGUACCGUGGACCGCAAGGCCAGCAUCGUGUCAUCCAUCUACAACGACAUUUCACCGACCAAGCCGCGCGACAACAUCAGCCCAGUGCCGUCGACGAAUAGCUUUGAAGAUGUCGUUCCUAAAGUGCUCAGGACAGAGUCGAUGAGGACGACCGUGGGAGCGCCUGGUGAUCUCAGCAGGCGAGCAUCAGUGAAAGUUGAAGGUGCUAAAACAGUAGCGUUUGAAAGCCUAGCAACGAGUCCAGGGGAAGGACUAGGCAAUGGAGUGGUACCACCUAGUACUAAACCUAAGAGUCGGAGCGGAUCUAUCAUCGGAGCAAUAAGUCCUAUUAUGGGAACAGAAAAUACCACUGGAUUAGAACUGACUUUUGAUAUUGAGCUGGACUCUCUACCGCCAUGUGUAUUCUCUAGAAUGUUAAGUACUUCAACAACUAUUUCAACGGAAUCAUCAUCUCAAUCUAUUCCUGGUGUUCCUAGUAGAUCUAGGCCUUCUAGUAAAAUGACAAAAUAUGUGGAAUGUUGGGGCGCCGACAAACCCUUUGCCAAUAUCACCGAUUCUACUCUAGCCAAAAACAUUGGGAUUUCUAGCCUUGCCAUGAUAGAACACAAUUUAUUGCCUCAAAGGACAACAUGCUGCGAUUGCAGCAGUACAUCGGAAGACAUGAACCGCGUCACACUGUGGUUCACCCGUGGCAGCCAGGAGCGACAGUACCGUAACCAACCGGACGAGCAAUUCAAAUAUAACGUGGCUUGCGCAGCGCUACUCUUUCUGUUGCUAGCUGUGAUCCAAAUACUCACUGUGCCAAGGGGCAUCGUCCUAUACGCAUCGUUCGGACCGACGUUCUUCACGCUCAUGGUUUUCGUGUACUUGUCGUGGUACGACGGCACGUUCCCUCGACGGCCGCUGUCCGAUAUUCCCGCGGCUGAUGACAUGUAUGCUGACAACUGUACAAAACCUGGACAGGUUGUGAUGAACAAUAGAUACAUCAGAAUUACGAUGUUCCUGGUGUCAGUUUUACUGAUAAGCGCUUGUGCCGUCAUAAACUUAUUCCAGCCGUCAGACCUCGACGACCAGCCCGAGUUACUGAGGUGGCAGAGGCUACAGAACGACACCAACUACACUAGCGAUGUGAAGGCCGACAGAGUGCGGCAUUUCGAGCUAGAAGAAGCGCCGAGCUACCUCUACAGCUCAGUGCUAACCCUUGCCUCAAUCUCCGUGUUCCUCCGCGUGGGCUUCGUCCUGAAGCUAGCGGUGAUGUGCAGCGUGCUCACCGCGCACAUCGCGCUGUUCGGGUCCUCGGAGCUCUUCUACCACAACCCGCUGCUGCAGCUUAGCGAGGAGACAGAUGAAUUCUCCAUGCUCCCAUACGCAACCAAAGCGGGCCUGGUGCUAGUAUUCGUAGCCGCACUACUCCACAUCCUAGACCGCCAGAUCGAGUUUACCUCCAGAACCGACUUCCUGUGGAAGGACAAGCUCAAGUUUGAACAGGAGGAGGUGGAGACGAUGCGGGGAAUCAAUAAGAUUCUGCUGGAGAAUAUAUUACCGGCCCACGUGGCGCAGCACUUCUUGACGUCCGUGGCUUCGGAGGAGGACCUAUACCACGAGCGCUACUCAAGCAUCGCGGUCAUGUUCGCGUCCAUCCCGAACUACAAGGAGUUCUAUGAUGAAACAGACGUCAACAAGCAGGGACUUGAAUGCCUGCGGUUACUCAAUGAGAUUAUUUGCGACUUUGAUAAGCUAUUAUUGAAGCCGAAGUUCAGUGGAAUAGAAAAGAUCAAGACCAUCGGAAGUACGUACAUGAUUGCUUCAGGAUUGAGGCCAGGGAAAGAGGAUCAAACGGACGCAAAAGGAAAGGAAGAGCACACAGUGGCGAUUUUAGUAGAGUUUGCGUUCGCUCUAAUGACAAUUUUAGACCAGAUCAACCGAGAAUCAUUUCAGAGGUUCAAACUUAGGAUAGGUUUAAGCCACGGGCCGGUGAUCGCGGGCGUGGUGGGCGCGCAGAAGCCGCAGUACGACAUCUGGGGCAACACCGUCAACGUGGCGUCGCGCAUGGACUCCACGGGCGUCAUGGGCCGCAUGCAGGUCACCGAGGACACCGCCAAGGUUCUCAUGAACGCGGGCUAUACGUGUGAGUGCCGCGGGCCCACGUUUGUGAAGGGGAAAGGAACGCUCACUACAUACUUUGUCAAACCGCCCACGACCAUUGGAGGGAUGUAAAUGGGAGGAUCAACUAUUGCUUGGUUUUGUCUUGUCAGCCAUGCCAAUAUUUCUUUUAACAGUUACAUGGUUUGUUAGAAGAAAUGUUGAAUUAAUUAAUUUAUAUAAAAAAACAUACUCACAAGAAAGUUUUAUCCGCUGAAAUUGAAAUCAGAAAUUCAAUAAUAAUCUAAAAUAUUAUACUUUGAAAGUUGUAGAUGACUACGAGUGAUAUUUUACACCAACUGUUAGAAAAGGCAUAAAAUAUAGUGUAUAUAUAAAUGUUUGUCUAUUCUUCGACAUAAAGAUUUAGAGUAAUACUCGAAAUAAAACUUUUGGUAAGGAACAUUGAGAGAUGGAAAAAGAGCAUAUAAUUUGUAAAACAGUUUUACAAUUCAGUCUUUAAAGUGAAGUUUUGUUUUGACUGGGAUAUAUGUAAAAUGUUUUUUGACUUACGGUUGAUUAGCGAAUUGUAUACUUACAUUAACUAAAUCAUAUAUUAUGACUCUAGAGUCUAGUUUCUGUGGUUUAUAUACAUAUAUGAUUAGUUUAAAAUAUUAUGUCAAGGAAAAUAAUUAUACACAUUUUUUCCAACACGUAAAAGCAGUUUACAAUCUAUUUUUCAAAAGUAUAUUUUCAGAAUUCUAAUACAUAUCCUAAAAUUUACAAAAUUAUUAACACAUAUUGAAUAAUUAUCUACUAGGAUAAUUGUUAGUAAAUUAGUAUAUUAACUAUAGGUACUUUAAGAGUUACAAAAGUAAGCCUAUUUAGUAAUUUAUUUUGAUAACAUUUUUAAACUGUCCCACUAUUUUUAAGUAAAAGGUCCAAGACCUCUUUUUCACAAUUGCCAAAUUAUUAUUUAAAACUAAAAAUAACUGUUACAAUCAAUAAGUAUAACUUUUUAUAAUUUAUCCUUGGAGGAUUUAACAACUGGAGACGCCUUGUCUGUUUUCUUCUGUACAAAACAGUCUGCCGAUUUUUGCGAAGGAAGGGCACGUCAAAUGUAUGGCUAUUUGUGCGUAACGUACAAAUAGCCAUGUCAGAUAAACGUCAGCCGAUACAAUACGUAUGAUAUGACCGUUGACCGAGUUUUUCGACAGAGGGGUAAGCUCUUAAAGGUGACUCCGGUAGUUAAAUCGUCCAAGAAUUUAUCAUACUAAUUUAAUGGGUAUGAUUACGAUUUCUAUAGCCUAGUCAGCCGAUUUUUCGAAAAAUUCGACACAUCACUGUGGUAACUUUAUACACGUAGAUUUUUUGUAGUUCUAUGUAUGGUUGGCCAAUUGGCUAUAUAAAACAGAUACUGCACGUAAACGAGAACAUGACGUAUCGGUACUAAUUCUAUAUUUGCGUGCUUCUGUCGCAUUAGUUAUUUAGUUAGAAUAGAGAAUGAUUAUUACUAUACCAAUACAUGUAUAAGAAACGUAGGGUCAAGGAGAGAGAAGUGGCUGAAACCCGUUACGCGUAAAUGGCUUGAGUCACUGUGCCAGACUAUUUUCUACCGAGCCACUGUCCCCUCCUUG